AGUGAACAAAUUCAAGACAGAGCUGGAGCGAAAGUGCUCUGAGGCUGGGCUCCGGGAGAGCCCGGUGGGGCUGUCGUGGGAAGAGAGGACCCGGCAUGUCCGCCAUGGGCCAACCUGUGUUGCUGCUUUCCUGAGCUGUUGCCAUCUGUCUGAGGCCCUGACUCAGGAGGCCCGGGAGGAGCAGCUGCUUUUGGGAACAUAGGCAUCUCCCACUACAGCACUCUUGUGACUGUGCCAGAUUCCAUCACCACGUGGCAGUUGGUGGCUGUCAGCCUCAAGCCUGGACAAGGUCUCUCCGUCUCAGACCCCUUUGAGUUGACAGUUAUGAAAUCACUCUUUGUGGAUCUCAAGUUGCCCUCCUCCGUGGUCAGGAAUGAGCAGGUCCAGAUCCAAGCCGUGCUGUACAAUUUCAGGAUGGAGCAGGUCAAGGUCCGUGUGGAGUUCCCCCACAAGGAGGCUCUGUGCAGUGCGUCAAAGCCAGAAGCCCCAUCCCGCCGGGUGGUGGUCAUACCCCCACCUCCUCCAAGAUGGUGCCCUUUGUGCUUCUCCCACUUGAGAUAGGCAAAGUGGAUGUGGAGGUCAGGAUUAGGACAACUGAGGUUGAGGACCAUAUAAGGAAGACACUUCUGGUCAAGGCAGGAGGGCAGAUACAGCAAAAAUCCCAUAGCAUCCUCCUGAACCCCCAAGGUCAAACCCAGAUGGAAGUGGUGCCAAGACAGAACUUUUUGGACAUGGUGCCCAAUACAGAGGCAGAAGUGUUUGUCAGUGUCCAAGGUGACAUCCUUGGCGAGACAAUCCUGGGCACCCUGACACCUGGAGAAAAAUGGCAACUGCUGAGGGUCCCGACUGGUUGCCCUGAGCAGACGCUGAGCAAAUUGGCACCUGUGAUCAUCCUGACCCACUAUUUGGAUGCUGCUGGCCAGUGGGGCAAGGUUGGAGUGGAACUCAGGGAGCAGGUGAUACAGAACAUUGUCAGAGGUUACACCCACAUGCUGACCCACCGGAGUGCACACAGCACCUACCACAUCAGCAACGGACACCCGGGAAGCACCUGCCUUGGAACACGAGCUACGUGUUCCGGGUCUUUGCCCUGGCCUACUCUAUCAUGACAACCGGCAUGUUUGAUCUGCACUCUCUCUGUGCCCCUGCCAACUGGAUCAUCACCAAGAGGCAGGCAGAGGAUGGGCACUUCUUGGAGAAUGGCCCAGUGAUCAUGGCAUCCAUGCAAAAUUUGCCUGCCAGCAUGGAGCGAGCCCGUAGCUUUCUGGAGGAACGCCUUCCCAAAAUUAAUACAACUUUUGCCAUAGCCAUAGUUUCCUAUGCUCUGGCCCUCACCAAUAGCCCCUGAGCCAAUGACCGCCUGGACAGCUUUGCCAGCCAUGUUCUCUGCCCAGGAUGACCUAGAGAUCAAAGCCAGUGGCAGUGGGAGAGGAACAAUCUCGAUCCUGACCAUGGACCACAGGUCCCCAGAGUCUGGGGAGGGCACCUGCAACCUGUACCACCUGAAUGUGACUCUCCAUAGUACCUUGGAAGAUAAUAAAAAGGGGGAAGAGACCUUCCAGCUCCAGAUGGAGACAAGGUUCCAGGGAAAUCGAGAGACCACAAUGAGCGUCAUAGAGGUCUCCCUGCUCAUCGGCUUCUACCCCAACCAGAAUGACCUCAAACAGCUUACGAGUGAUGUGGAGAUGUAUGCCUUCCAGUAUGAGACCAAGAUGAAUUCCAGUGACAACACUGUUGUCCUCUACCUGGAGAAGCUCUCCCACAAGGAAGACACAGUGCUGGGCUUCCGGGUCCACAGGACGCUGCAGGUGGAGUUCCUGCAGGCUGCCCAGGUCACCAUAUAUGACAACUAUGAGCCUUCCCGGAGGUGCAGCUCCUUCUACAACCUGCCCACAGAGCAUUCUUCCCUGCGGAAGAUCUGUCACAAAGAUGUCUGCAGAUGUGCGGAGGGUGAGGUCCUGGGGACACCGAGGCGGGGGCUGCCAGGCUGGGGAUCCAGGAGCCAUUUAUCACCUCCUGGCUGUCAACAGUGCCCAUCUCCGAGGAAGGACAGCACCCGACUGAGGCAGGAGGAGCUCCAGGCAGUAGCCUGUGAGACAGGCGUGGACUUUGUGUACAAGGUCAGGCUGAAGUCUGUGAAGUCCUCCACCUCCAAUCCCUACAUCUAUUACGACAUGAAACUCGAGGACAUCAUCAAGAGGGGCACAGACUCUGCCGUGUCCUUCACCAUGAAGAAAUUCGUCUCUCACGCCACCUGCCACGACUCCCUGGGGCUACAAGAACAGGAGACAUACCUCAUCAUGGGCCACACAUCAGACCUGUGGAAAGUCAAAUCUGAUUACAUCUAUGUCCUGGGCAAGAAGACAUUCUUCAUGCAGUGGCCGGCCGAUGGGGAUGUGGGCAAGAAAGAAUUGCUGGACAACCUGACGGGAUUUUCAGAAUAUAUGAGCACUCAUGGUUGUGAGUCCUGA